AUGGGAGAGUCACCGCCAAGAAGAUAUUCCGGAGCCGUGCCAAUUCUCAGCAGGAAUGGGUCAGAUUCGCGUGGGUCCAGCAGAGACGCCAGUAGAAGAGCCUCGAUGGCCCGUUUGGCAGCGUCGCCGCUGGGAUCCACAGCCCCAUUAUCUGCUUUAGCACAAAGAAGAACAGACUCUUCUAGCUCGUCGGUUAUUGACGACCGAGCAAGUCCAGGAACGGCUACCCGCGGAAGACCGGUUAUUAUCCACGCAUCGCCUCCCUCGUCCACCUCAUCGGACGUGGAGGAUAAUUCCGCUUUCGGGCGUGGCGAGCCACAGGGCGAUAACCAGCUAUCGUCCUCGUACAGCUCCACGAUCGACGAUCCUCAGAUUCUGAAGAACGUCUCCAAACAUCUGGCAACAGACGCAAAAGGGUCUCUCAAACUGGCCGGUGGUGACAUCACCAGAGACCUAUACACUCUCCCAAGCAAAACCUCCUCCUUGAGACGGUCGCGCAGUUUGACGGGAACAGAUUUCCCAGGCGAACGCCGCGGGUCGGCAGCUUCCCAGCUCCGUCUUCCAGGAGGAUUUAGAAGACAAUUUAUCAUGCAUAAGAAAUCCAAGUACGGCCACGAGCUGUCGAAACCAACGUUCAUCACCAGGAACUUUUUGGAGUUCCUGUCUAUUUAUGGCCACUUUGCCGGUGAAGACCUGGAAGAUGAAGAUUAUCUUGCUUGUUCUUACGUACUGGACAAAGACCGCGACGAAGAGACUCCUUUACUGGAUUCUCGCUCGACAACAGGAACUGCCUCCACACUGAAGUCGUUCUUUUUACUUUUGAAAUCGUUCGUCGGAACAGGAGUCUUGUUUCUUCCCCGUGCAUUCUACAACGGAGGACUCUUGUUCUGCAUAUUGACAUUGCUUUUCUUCGGGCUGCUUUCGUACUGGUGCUACUACAUUCUCAUUUUGACCAAGGUCAAGACCCAAGUUUCAUCUUUUGGAGACAUCGGAAUGGUUCUUUAUGGCAAGGAAAUGAAAAUCCUUAUUCUCGCGUCCAUCAUCAUCUCACAGGUCGGGUUUGUCGCCGCAUACACCAUCUUCACCGCCGAAAAUCUGCGCGCAUUCAUCCUCAACUUUUUGAACGUAGACAUUUCUAUCGGCAAGCUGGUUGUGUUUGAAUGCUUUGUGAUCACUCCGCUUGCGCUGAUCAGAAACAUCACCAAGCUAUCGAUGGCUGCGCUGCUUGCCAAUGUGUUCAUUAUGACUGGUCUGGUCACCAUCGUGUACUAUGCCUCGUUGGACCUAAUUGAGACCGGCCCUUCGCCAGUGGCUCUUUUCAACCAGGACAAAUGGUCCCUGUUUGUGGGAGUUGCCAUCUUUGCGUUUGAAGGUAUUGGACUGAUCAUCCCGGUGCAGGAGUCCAUGAAGUACCCAGAACAGUAUCCGAAAGUUUUGGGAGCAGUCAUUGCUGUGUGCUGUGUUUUAUUUAUUGGCGUGGGGUCUCUGGGAUACCUAACGUACGGCGAGAACGUCAACACCGUUGUGAUUUUGAAUCUUCCGCAAUCGUCCGUGGCUGUUGGGUCGAUCCAGCUGUUCUACGCGGUGGCCAUUCUGUUGUCUGCUCCAUUGCAGCUGCUGCCUGCUAUUAGAAUUAUCGAGUCGAGAAUCUUCCAUAGAAGGUCAGGAAAAACCAACGCUGCCACGAAAUGGUCCAAGAACUUGUUCCGGACGGCCGUCGUCGUGGCCACCACGCUGAUCGCGUACCAGGGCUCGGCCAACCUGGACCAGUUUGUCUCGUUUGUUGGCUGUUUCGCAUGCAUCCCUCUGGUGUACAUGUAUCCGCCGAUGCUGCACUACCGCAGCUGUGCAGAGACCAUCUGGGUCAAGCUCAUGGACGUUGUCCUGGUUCUCAUUGGCGGAGUGGCCAUGGUGUACACUUCGUACCAGGUGAUAUUUGGCUAG